AUGCGCAAGAUCGCAGAAGCUGUAACAAAGCUACCGCUUCCAAGUAUCAGUCUUAAAUCUCGCCAAUCAGAAGGUAUUGAGUCGCCUUUCGAACUUUACGAGCUGGCCCAGUCGAUUAGACGCUUGGGGAGAUAUCGUCCCUCCCGACUUCAAGACAUUCGGUUGGUAACGCCACAGGGAGAUCCGGGUGUCGACAUGAAAUUCCUUAUUGGAGUCCUUUUGAGCGGACUUGAAAGCGACGGAGUACGUUAUCUUGACGCAGACACUCUCUACCAUCUCACGCUCUAUGGCGAAGCACUUCGGCAUCACACAAACAUUCUGGGUCUUUAUAUUAGACAACGAACCAAAGGUUUUCAUGUAAAUACAUGGACGCCUGAACAUGAAAUCAGAUCGCUUGCCGGUAAUGGGUUCGCAUUUCUCCAACAAUUGGUGUCCGCUGGAUUAUAUGAUCCGUAUCCGACACCUGAGUUCGAAGAGGAUGGUGUGUAUGGCUUUGAAGUUUCAAGCAAUCGAAUUUCUACUAGCAUCAAGAAGGGACUGCCACACUUGCGGUACUUUGCGUUCUGUCUCAUGGAAGGAGGAAUGAUUCGAUGCUCGUAUCGAGGCCAACAAUACAUCGACCUAAUUGGAAAAUCUACACCAUGA